AUGUCCUUGAUGAGCUCGUCAAUGGUCUUAUGCCACUGCUUAUCAUUCACUAGCCAAAACUCAGCUCCUGAAUCAUCAUCAUCCUCUCUCGGUUAUAAUCCCCGUCACUCGAUUUCGUUGCGGGGUAAGAGAAGAAACAAGCUUUGGAGUUUUGUUCCCAGUGCGGAGAAGGAUAACAGCCAUACGGGCAACAAGAGGAGAAGAAGCUGGUGGCAAAGGUUUUUCUUUGAUGAUGAUGGGAAUUGGCUUGGUUUGAGGGACGACGAGAUCGUUGAUGAGGCAUCUGAGCUUGCGAAUGAUGAUGAGAUGUCUGAUGAAGAGAAAUUCGAGGCUUGGAAGAGACGAGCAGAGGCCAUUGUGGAGCUACGGGAAGGUCAGGAGGAGAUUGGGGAUAACGGUGAUGGUGAUGUGAGCAAGAAAUGGGAGGAUUGGAUUGUGGAUUCAGAUGAUAGUUUAGUCGAGUCUUGGAGCCGAGACUCUGCCGGAAUCAGAGAGGGAAGCGAGACACAGUCAGAGCUCGAUGAAUUGGCGAUUCCAGAGAGAGGGUUGGUUAAAAUGGUGAGGGAUAUGGUUUUAGGAGCCGAAGAGGAAGAUAUUCUAUAUGAAGACCGUGUCUUUCGUUAUGCUUCUUCAAAAUCGGCAAAGUUUCUGGCGGUAUUGAUCCUAAUACCAUGGGCAUUGGACUUUUUAGCCCAUGAUUAUGUACUCAUGCCCUUUUUAGACAGAUAUGUAAAGACUGUACCACUUGCUGCACGGACGCUUGAUGUGAGACGUAACCAGAAGCUAGAAAUGGUAAAGGAACUGAACAGAGAAAAAGCUAGGUACAGGCUUGAAGUCGAGAUUGGAAAAUCUCCGCCUCUUUCUGAUGAUGAUUUGUGGUGGGAGUUGCGGGGUAAAGCCUUGGAGCUGCGAGAGGAGUGGAGAUUAGAGAACAGGAAAGCAUUUGCCAACAUAUGGUCUGACAUGGUGUUUGGGAUCUCGCUGUUCGUUCUUUUGUACGCCAAUCAGGGUAGAGUAGCGUUGUUGAAAUUUACGGGAUAUAAAAUCAUAAGCAACAUUUCAGACACGGGAAAAGCAUUUCUGAUCAUCCUUAUCACCGACAUUUUCUUAGGGUACCAUUCUGAAUCUGGAUGGGAGACAUUGUUAGAGAUAAUAAUGGAACAUUAUGGUCUUGAAGUUGAGCAAUCUACAAUAACCAUUUUUAUCUGCCUCGUUCCCGUUAUUAUCGAUGCUUGUGUUAAGCUCUGGCUGUUUAAGUUCCUUCCAAGAUUGUCUCCGAGAGUUUCCAACAUUUUCCAGGAGAUGAAACGUCAUUAA